AAUUUCAAGUAAUUGUUAGCUGCAAGCAAGCAAGUCUCUAUCAUUUGUUGAAAAAAAAGCAAAAGAGCUUCUCCCUACCUUUGAAAAGAUGAACACUCUCCUUGGUGAACUAGCAACUUACAAUGACAUCAGAUUCCCUCGCUACAGACUCUGUUUCAAACUGAGGCGCCUCCAGACAUGCUUCCUCCUCCACAGGCUCGAGUUAAGCAACCUCCAGGACAUCUUCCACUCAACGGGCCUCCAGCCAUUACCAGUCGACAAUGAAGUGACCGAGUCCCAGCUCUCUCUCAUUAUGGAGGAGAUAUAUGCUGCUUUGAAGAACAACCUCCCAAAAUACAAUCCUUCUAGUCUACAAGAGGCGCACACCACUUGCUUCAAUUGGUUCAUGAUGGCUCUUCAGUGUGGCACUCCAGACAGCCGGGGAACUGUUGGUGUCCUCAAGAUUAUCCUGUGCCUUUUCUGUGGAGGGAAAAUAUCUGAUAAAGCAAAAUACAUGUUUGGAAUUUUGGCUCGCAAUGGCACAGUUGGUCUUGAUGGAUUGCAAUUCUUUUGUGAGUCCAUGCAGCUGUUGGCUAAUUUUCUUCAAGAGAUCCUUUAUCCUGACGUCACUUCGGUUGAUCGUGCGAUGUCCGAGUGUUUAUUCUAUGUCCGUAACCAAGAUGACAUUCAAGAUGAGGAGGAAGAUGGUGGGCUGCAGAGACCAUGGCUGUCUCUUUUGGAGCUAGUCAAGGCAUUCACUGCCUCUCCUCCAUUGAACUUCCUCUCAUGGCUACACCUCUGGACCACUCUCCCUUCAAUAGAGAAAGUAAUUCACCAGGUCAAGUGCAGUAUUUGUAGCAAGAAGACAAUCAAAGGCUACAGAUACCAAUGUGAAGAAUGCUCCAAUUACAAUAUGUGUCAGAUAUGCUUUUUAAAGGGACGCACUUCUGAUGGCCACAAACUCGAGCACAGAGUCUACGAGUGCCAGGACUACAAUAAAAGCUUUAAAAGUCGUAUGGGUUUUUCCUCCUCAGUUAACAGCAAGGUGUUUCGUAUCAUGGAUGAGCCGGCUGAGACCUCAACUAAACUCCGCCUACGAAGCAAAGACCUUAUUGACUACAGUAGCAGCAGCUCUUUGAACAGGCGCUCCGCUAGUUUACUGGAGAGCCCAAUGCAUGGGAGGAGCAGCCCAUCCGUUACACCAGAACCAGUACAUAGACCCACUGUCAUUCGUAUUGGCAGCAAAGACUCUCUCUCAAGCCCGAGACGUGACCAUCAGACCAACUCCACUCGCCGCUUGUCCUACGAGAGCACCAGUAGCUCCGAGGGUGAUGGGCAUGGUCUCGAGGGUGCCAGUAGUCCGGUGAUCGAUGGAGGAUUACGUAAACCUAGUCCAAUCAUCCCAAGCAUAAGGAGAGCUACUCAUGCCGGAGGAUUCGCCACUUUACCCCACCGCUCCCUCCAGAGGAUCGCUGAUGAGGAACUGGGUACCAGUCAUGGUAGGCGGAGUCUUGAUAUCAACACGCAUACUUUCCCACGGUCUGGACUUGGUAUGGCCAAGACCUGCUCUGCCGGUCAUAUCUUGGACAAGAGAGAACAGGAUGAAUUUAACAUGAUUAACAAGAAACUAAGUCUAGAAGUCGACCAGUUGCUACAAGACAUCGAACCAGACCUUAGGGACGGAGCUACUAAAAUGAGUUUCAGCUCUGAUGGAGGAAGCACGAGAGACAGUAUCACGAUACUCAACGAACUGGGACUGGAGGAUUAUGACACUGAUUCAAAUCGAAUCGACGAAGCCACACAAAAGAAGCAACACUUAAGCAUGGAGCUGGACAGUCUUCUUGGACGUGUUAAUCGGCUCCACUCUGGGUUCAUGGGUCUUAAGGAUGGGAACCGAGUCUCUCCUCUACUCCAGCACAGCGUCAUUAACACUGAUGGACACCAGAGGACUGGUAGCCUGGAUUUAAAAGUAGUUGUGACUCCGCCCACUAAAGACGGCUAUCUCUCAACGGGUGCUGAUAAUAGUGGUCAGCGACUGUCAGUAGUAUGGUAAAAUAAUUUGAUUAAUUGGAGAAAUUAUGGCAAUUUAUACUACGUAUUCGCAAUUAAACUCUCUCUCUCUCAAUCUAAUUCAUCAUAAUAAACAAUUCCUCUGUUGUUAUUAUACUGAUUUCCUCUUGUUGUGUCACAUGCACCUGUCGCCACCUGUAUCUUUCCCUCCUUUUUUCUAUAAUGUAUAAUGCUACAUUUUAUUUGUUGCAUGAUUAUUACUAUUUUAAUCUUUUUGUUUCAUUUUUAAUCAUCAAAGUAA